UAUGUUUUCGUCCCUUGCUCGACUUCUCAUAGCUGUAGGGCCCGCUCAACAAGACCGAUGCAAAAUCUAGAGGCUAUCGGAAUGAUAAAACUCUCCUCCCCAUUAAGGCAUCACUUGCCCAACCAAUUUUAUCAAAGUAUCAACCAUGCCUUGUAGAAUCCCCUCAUCACCUCCUCCCUUCCUCAUCGCCCUGGUCUUCCUCCUAUCCCUCCUCAUCUCCACCAACGCUUACCUCGUGAAUGGCCCGCCGACCCAAUUCUGUCCGAAGUCGAUCUGCGGCAAAAACGUUAUCACUUACCCAUUCUGGCUAGCUCAGAAUCUAUCAACCAUCCCCUCCACCUACUGUGGCUACCCAGGAUUUGCACUGAUUUGCCAAGAUGACAUUCCAAUCCUCUCUCUCGGCUCCAACAACUAUACCGUGACCAACAUCGAUUACCAGAAACAAACAAUCUCGCUAGCCGACACGGAUGUCCUCGCCGCCGGAACCUGCCCCAGGCCCCGGCACAACCUCACCCUUAUGGACACUUUGUUCCUGAGCAACAGCGCCUACUCAAGCUACCUCAACUACAACCCCUACAUAAACUACCUAAACUAUCACCCCAACCUAAACUACCUAAACUACACCUCCUUAGACACCAACCUCACCUUCUUUCUCGAUUGCUCGGACGGUCCAUCAGAACGCCGAGUAACCUGCUUUUCCGAAAGCGUCGGUAAGGAGUCUUACGUCUUCACCGAACGUGAUUUUUCGGACAUCAAAGAAUACGAAGGGGUGCAGCAGUGCCAAGAUAUUGUGGUGGUGCCGGUACUCCAUCAGGAGGUGAACUGGGGAAACUUGAGCGCUUUGUCUAGCGACUUUGGAAGGGUGUUGAAGAAAGGCUUCCAGCUGGGCUGGUCUGACAAGACCUCAGCAGAGUGCGAUCCCUGCGAGCUCUCCGGCGGGCGCUGCGGGUACCAGUUUACCCAGGCCAGUUUUGUCUUCGCCUGCUUUUGCUCCAACCGAGUGAGCCACCAACAUUGCGGAACUCACAAUUCAAAGAAGACAAGAAUCAUGAUAGGAGUCUUUACUGCCUCGGCAGGAUUAUCUUUGGGGUGCUUAAUCCUUUUAGUCCAUCUUCUUCGUCACAUAAAGUCUCACUCAAAGAACGUGCAUGGCGUUGAAGACCUGCUACAUAAAUAUGGAUCCUCAGUGCCAAAAAGAUACAAGUAUUCAGAAAUUAAGAGCAUGACCAAAUCCUUCAGUCACAAGUUAGGGCAUGGUGGUUGUGGUAAUGUGUUCAAGGGUAAUCUCUAUGAUGGUCGUCCGAUAGCUGUGAAAGUCUUGAGUGAGUCUAAAGGAAAUGGCGAGGAAUUUGUCAACGAGGUAGCCAGCAUUGGCAGAACUUCCCAUGUAAACAUUGUUUGUCUACUAGGCUUCUGUUUGGAGGGGUCCAAGAGAGCUCUCGUCUAUGAAUUCAUGCCAAAUGGAUCACUUGAGAAAUAUAAAUACACGGACAUAGUAGAUGCAAAGAUUAAACUUGGUUGGGAAAAAUUAUAUGAAAUCACAGUUGGUAUUGCCCGAGGGCUAGAGUACUUGCAUCGUGGGUGUAACACUCGCAUAGUACAUUUUGAUAUCAAGCCUCAUAAUAUCCUACUAGACCAAAAUUUUUGUCCCAAGAUUGCUGAUUUUGGGUUGGCAAAAUUAUGCCUUUCGAAAGAGAGCAUCAUUUCAAUAGCAGGUGCUAGGGGAACGAUUGGGUAUAUUGCCCCUGAAGUCUUCUCUAGGAAUUUUGGAGUUGUCAGCAGCAAGUCUGAUGUUUAUAGUUAUGGGAUGAUGGUGCUAGAAAUGGUUGGUGCGCGGAAAAAUAUAGAUGCAAGAGAAGAGAAUACUAGUGAAAUUUAUUUUCCAGACUGGAUUUAUGACCAUCUCCAUCAAUAUGAUACCCUAGAAGCUUGUGGAGUGACUGGCAAGACUGAAGAGUUUGCCAAAAAGAUGAUCAUAGUUGGGUUGUGGUGCAUACAAAUACGCCCUGCCGAUCGACCUUCAAUGAAUAGAGUAGUGGAUAUGUUGGAAGGAAGCAUUAGUGACUUACAAUUACCAUCAAAACCAUAGUUAAUUUCUGUUUUAGAAUCAUCGACGAUCCUAAUGUUUCGACAGCAUGUAUUCCUUGUGAUACUAAACUCACUGUACUUUCUCGCUCUGUUAAAUAAUAAUCUCUAAGCUCAUACUUAUGCUGCCAUGAAAUAACAUGGUUAAUCUCAUUUAUUUUUCUA